AUGGAAAAAGACAUAAAAUCACGUUUGAUUGAAUCAGUCUGUUCGAUAAAAAAGAAAAUUAAAAAUAUGAAAAAAGAUGAAGAACUGACUAAUUUAUCAGUAAACAAAAUUUUAAGACCUGUUGUUGAGCCGUUGCAUUCACUCCUUAAAAUUGAUAAACAUAUUCAAAAUACAAUAUCGCAAAAAGAGGAUGCUUCUAAAUAUGUAGGAAAUGCAAGUUCAGAUCAUGAAAAUUUAUAUAAAACUUCAGCUAGUUUAGAUGAAAUGGAUCCACCAAAUGUGUCUGAAACUUCUAAAAAUGAUGAUAUUAUUAAAAGUCCAACUAUGAUAAAUAAAGUUUUAGAGAGGUCGUUAAAAAAGAAUGAAAUUGCAGAUAUUUAUGACAGCUUAAAUGUACCAUUUGGCGUACGCAGCGUAGGUAGAGAUUUAUUCAUGGGGAAUUCAAAAGUCAAAUUAUCCACCCUAGUUAAUCCCAGCAAUAAUGAAAAAACUAAUUUGAUAAAUAUUGAAAAUAAGCAAUAUGAACUGUCAUCCGGUUUAAGAGAAUUAUUAUUUUGUAAAAAACCUAAUUUAACAUUAGUCACAGACAAAGAUCAGCUAAUAUAUAAGGAUAUGUUGUAUAAUACAUGUGCUCAUAGACGAGAUUACAAUCCGCAGGGACAAAUAAGAGGUGACAAAAGUAUAAAAUAUCGUGACAUUAUAAACCUUUAUUUAAUGAAACUGAGC